AGACAAUAGGUUUAACUGUGACAUCAUAAUAUGACGAACUGUAAACCUGAAGUAGCAACGAAAACAUUUUACGGGAAAAACGUAAAAUAUUUGUCGCCUGUUCAACGUGGAGGGGUGUCGGCACCUGACAUGGGAACACCAAUUGUCGACACGGAUACGAAACUGGCCGACCAAGGCACAAAAAUUUACAAGGAAAACACCCCUCCGAAGCAAAAGAGCGCGAAGAAGACCCCUAAACCACCAACCAACAAACCCUCUGUCUCACCCACCAUAAGUUGGGCUCCAAACUCACUUAAAAAACAAUUCACUCGAAAACCAAAAUAUUCCUCCGUCGUAAUAAAGGGAAAGCCCCUCCAACCAACCACCCCUAUCCCGCAGUCACCCCUAACCCUACCCAAGCCCCGGGAAACCCCUUCUCCCCCAACUUUGGAGGGGACUCCCCCAUCCAAGUACGCCAGGAUUGAAGGACAAACUCGGGAACCCUCACAGGGGUCACCAAGGGUCAAAGGUCAAAAGGUCAAGGAGGAUUCAAAGAAAUUAUUCCCAAUAUUUACUCGAGCGCGACGAUCGUCACCAUUGUUUGCAGCGAAAGUUAACGACAGCCCGGGUAACCACGGCAACUCGUUGUUGCGCAAGAUGACAUCAUCACCCAAAGAAAGUCCGAAAGUCCAACUCAUCAUCGACGCAGGACAGAAGAAGUUUGGCGCCACCCAGUGUAAGGUUUGCGGAAUGGUUUAUGCGGUCGAUCAUCCGCAUGAUCAACAUCAACAUAAAUUACAUCAUCAACGAUUCAAUGUUAUAUUGAGGUUCCCAAGUUGGAAAAACGAACGAACCGUCGCAAGCUAUGUGGACGGAAGAAUCGUUAAAAUCCUUCCAACGGACCCAAAGUUUGCUCAAAAGAAGGUGGAAGACAUUCUUGAAUUGAUCGACAGCGAGCUCGGUUUCAGUCAAAAUAUAUCAACGACGAGAGUUUCGUAUUUGUACGUCAGCGAUCAACAACAGGUCACUGGAUGUUUAAUCGCUGAACAAAUUAAACGGGGAUUCCCCCUCCUUGAAACGAUGACAUCAUCAGGUAUGAUGUCAUGUUCGUUGCAAUCCACCCCAGUGACAUGCGGUGUAUCGAGAAUAUGGUGCCACGCCCCACACAGAAAAAGGGGCGUGGCAACGAGGCUCAUGGAUGCCCUCCGGUGUUCGUUUGUAUUAGGGGAGCGACUCAACAUGAACCAGGUUGCCUUCUCUGACCCAACCAUCAGCGGCAAAUCUUUCGCAACCAAAUAUUUCAAAACUCCCCAUUUCCUUACCUACAAUUGCUCCACCUAGUGAGUGAGGUCAGUGGCAACACCCCCACCACGCCCACUUUUAUUUUCAACUUUUUAAGUUUUCACUUUUUGUGUUUGUGACAUACUGUGUUACCUAUUAGCAGAAAAUAAAUUUAUUUGAAAACAUCCA